UGAUGCCUGAGUGAAUAACAGCAAAUAAUUGGCUGAGGUCUGUGCUUUGAUCUUUGUGGAAAAUAUACAUCUAAAUAUGCAGAAUUGUAGUAUUAACAGGGAAUGGUGUGUGGGAGGAACAGGAAGUCUGAUAAGAUUUGAUCUCUGAUCUCUUCAUGUAUAAAGCUGCUCCCGCUGCAGGUCCACUACUUCACUGGGUCAAAACCAUGGCGUUCUGCAGACUCCUGCCUCUGCUGGUUCUGAUCCACAACACUGGAGAUCUGCUCGGAGCCGAGGUGAGGAGCGGCAUCGUCGGGGGACAGGACGCGAAGAGGGGCCACUGGCCGUGGAUGGCCCACCUCAACAUCACCGCUGAUGGCAGGACCAGGUGGCGCUGCGGGGGAACCAUCCUCGGCCGUCAGUGGGUGCUCACUGCGGCCAGCUGCUGGGACAGGCAUCCAAAGCCCAAAGAGACUCGAUCCAUGGUUUGGGUCGGCUCUCAUGCCCUGCAGGAAGCGUCCGCCCGCUACAUGGGCAUCCUGUAUUUCAUCAGCCACCCUCAGUACCGAAACCUGGGCAACAGGUAUCUUAAUGACAUCGCCCUGAUCAAGCUGAAGAAGCCGCUGACGUUCUCCGACAACGUGAAGCCGGUGAGUCUGCCCGCGGCCGACGACGCGUUCAGCCCCUCGUCCGACUGCUGGAUCGCCGGCUGGGGAAACGUCGGUACCAACGUUAAACUGCAGGACCCAGAAACCCUGCAGCAGCUGAAGAUCAGCGUGGUGCCUCAGGCCGCGUGUAAGCGGCAGCAUCCUGAGGUGACCGCCGACAUGCUGUGCGCAGGCGGCGACGACGGCAAGGGCGCCUGCGAAGGAGACUACGGCGGCCCCCUGGUGUGCCGCUCCGCCCGCGGCCUCGUGCAGGUGGGCAUCGCGAGCUACGGAAGCCCGCAGGGCUGCGGCGUCCGCGGCCGCGCCGGCGUCUACACGCAGGUGUCCAAGUACCUGAGCUUCAUCGACUACAUCCACCACGGCGAAGCCCCCGACGAGGCCUGAACGCGGUGGAGACGGCGUUCCUCCUGCUGAGCUUUAGAACAGGGAAAUCUGCUUCGCAUGAAAUCGCAUUGUUCAAUUUGAUUAUUUGCUAUUAAAGCUUUGAAGCAUUCAUUCAUUCA